AUGAACAGGAACCAUCAGCUCUUGCUCGUCAUCGGACUCGUGUUCCACUUUUUCUACCUAUGGUCCAUCUUCGACAUUUACUUCGUACUGCCGCUCGUCCACGGCAUGGACCACCAUGUGUCCACCACCAAGCCUCCAGCAAAGAGACUCUUUCUCAUUGUUGGAGACGGUUUGAGAGCAGACAAGACGUUCCAGAAGCUCAAGCACCCCAGAACUGGCGAGACCAAGUACUUGGCGCCCUACUUACGUAGUUUGGCGUUGGAGCAGGGUACCUGGGGAAUUUCCAAUACCAGAAUGCCCACCGAGUCCAGACCUGGCCAUGUGGCCAUGAUCGCUGGGUUCUACGAGGACGUGUCGGCCGUGACAAAGGGGUGGAAAGAGAACCCUGUGGACUUUGACUCCUUCUUCAACCAGUCCAAACACACCUACUCGUUUGGGUCUCCUGAUAUCUUGCCAAUGUUCGCCUACGGUGACGGUGUAGUCCCAGGCAGAAUCGAUGUGUGCAUGUACGGACACGAGUUUGAAGACUUCACCCAGAGUUCGAUCGAGUUGGACGCGUUCGUGUUCAAGCACUUCGACGAACUCAUGGCAAACCUGACUACUAACAAGACCUUGCACGACGAGUUGCACGAACAAGGAAACGUGUUCUUCCUCCAUCUUUUGGGCCCUGACACCGCUGGCCACGCCUACAGACCUUACUCCGCGGAAUACUACGAGAAUAUUGAGUACAUUGAUCAAAAAUUGGAAAAAUUGAUUCCACGUAUCCAUGAAUUCUUUGGUGAUGAAGAUACCGCGUUUGUGUUCACCGCAGACCAUGGUAUGUCUGAUUUCGGAUCCCACGGUGAUGGGCAUCCCAACAACACCAGAACUCCAUUGAUUGCCUGGGGGGCAGGUGUCAACAAGCCUAAAUUGUUGGCUGACUUGCCAGACCCAGAGGCUCAAAAAGUGGCUCAAGAUCCUGUGAUUAGUGGAUACGAGCAUGAUUAUUUUGACACUUGGGAAUUUGAUCAUUUGGUAAGAAACGACGUCAAGCAGGCAGAUAUCGCCUCUUUGAUGGCCUACUUAAUCGGGGCGAACUACCCUUCAAACUCUGUUGGUGAAUUGCCAUUGAACUAUCUUGAUACCGACUCGGUCACAAAAAUCAAAGCAUUAUACGCCAAUGCAUUAGCUAUCGUUGAACAGUACAACGUGAAGGAAAAAGAAGUCUACGAACAUCAAUUCAAAUUCAAGCCAUACAGUCCAUUCCAAGAUGUCCCCAUCAAAAAGUACAUGACUGAAAUCGAAGUGUUGAUCAACUCGAUUCAAUUGGGUACUCUUGGAGAAACUGAAAGACAUGCAGCAGAACUCGAAGCAAUUGAAUUAUCUGAAGACUUGAUGAAGAAGGCUUUAGAUGGCUUGACUUAUUUGCAAACUUACAACUGGUUACUCUUGAGAACUAUUGUCACCUUUGGAUUCUUUGGAUGGAUUUUGUAUGCAUUUAACAUCUUUUUGAAGUUGUUUAUCAUUUCAGAAGAAGAAUUGAAUUCCGAAAAGUACAAGCGCUCUCCAUCAGUGUUUCUUAUUGGUAGUUUUGCAGCAUUAGCUGUCAGCUUGAACUAUGUGUUGUUCUACCAGGGCUCCCCAUUCAACUACUAUAUGUACACCUUAUUUCCAUUAUACUUCUGGUAUACUAUUCUUGACGAAAAGAGAUAUUUCUUGUCAGGAUUGGACCAAUUCUUGCACGGUGUUUCCAUUGGAACUAAGCUUUUAAUUGUUGUUUCAUUUAUCGGAAUGUAUGAAGGAAUUGCAUACGGAUUUUUCCAAAGAUUUAUGUUUUCAAUCAUCUUCUUCAUUGUUGGAUUGUAUCCAUACUUGGUGAAUGACACAGCCAAACUUGGUACUUUACAAAAAAUUGCAUGGUUCUUUAGUUGUCUUUUCAUGUGUUCUUUCACAAACUUAGAUCCAGUCAAAGUAGAAAGUUUGACGCAAAUCAAUAUUGGUGCUUUAAUUUCCAUCCUUAUUGCAACUAUUUCCGCACAAAAAGUGUUCCAAAGAUCCAUUACUAGUACUCAAAAAGCAUUGAUAGUUGCUCAGAUCGUAUCAAUUCCGGUUAUUUUGUAUGCUACCAAUGUUUCAGUAUUGUCCUUACAGGCUAGAGAGGGUUUACCUUUGCAUUCACAAAUCUUGGGAUGGGUUACUUUUGUGGUCUCCUUAAUUGUCUGGCCAGCUCUCCACUCAGUUUAUCCAUCAUCUGACUACCAACUCCGUUUACUUAUAGUAUUCCUCACUUUUGCACCAACUUUCGUUAUUUUGACGAUUUCAUUUGAAUCGCUUUUCUACAAUGGAUUCUCUUUGGUAUUAUUGCAGUGGUUAUUUGUGGAGCAGGCCCUCAAGUUCUCACACCAGGAUAUUACUACUGCGCAGGCUAAGACCGGUCAGUUACCUCCCGGAUACUGGCUCCAAGUUAUCAGAAUCAGUAUUGUGGGAUUUUUCUUCUUACAAGUUGCAUUCUUUGGAACUGGUAAUGUUGCAUCCAUCUCAUCCUUUUCACUCGACUCAGUCUACCGGUUAAUCCCAAUCUUUGAUCCUUUCCCUAUGGGAGCUUUGUUGAUGCUUAAAUUGAUCAUUCCAUACGUGUUGUUAUCUACCUGCCUAGGAAUUAUGAGUCACCAGUUGGAGAUCCGCAAGUUCACAAUUUCCACCUUGAUCAUUUCGACCAGUGACUUCUUAUCGCUCAACUUCUUCUUCCUUGUGCGGACCGAGGGUUCGUGGUUGGACAUUGGUGUUAGUAUCUCCAACUACUGUCUCGCUAUCUUAUCGUCGCUCUUCAUGUUGAUAUUGGAGUUGGCCAGUUCUGUGAUCUUACGGGGUGUUGAAAUUGAACGAGACGGCCCUAUCAGUUCUCGGUUAAGACUGAAAAAGAACCAAUAG